GUAUAGUAGCCAAUCACAUGCGGUAGCCAACUCUGUUAAAGAAGAAUGGAUAGUGCUUGUGUAGUGUUUGGAAAAAGAGAAAGAGGAGGAAUUGAGGUUAGGGUCUCCUAGCUCGCAAAGGAGUCGUAGAAUUACGUAGUUUUGCAAAGUGUCAGUCAGCUGUGUAUAUAACAUUUUUUGAAACUCUAGUAUGUUGAGUUUGUUACACACACGCGUCGGCCGCCGUGCCAGACGCGUUUCCAGUAAUGAUGCUAAUAAUGCAGAACUUGGAGAAACCAAACAUCUGACAGAAGCAGAAAUGAACAAGUUGGGGGCAAAGAUUGUCAAAGCUGAGAUAAUGGGCGAUACUAAACUUGCCAAUGAAUUAAAAAUUCAAUUGAAGAACGCUAGAGAAGCUGCAAAAAAUGUUGAGACAAGCAAUACAAGAGAAGUUCAAGAUGUAAUUCUUACACAAACAGAUUCAAAAGGUAUUGCAAGACCAUUGGAACCCAGAGUUCAAAUUACAAAAUCAUUGCAAAAUAAACGAAAAAAUGCAGAGACAUAUGUUUCUGGUAAAAAAGUGAGACAUUACCUUGACGAUGAUAAAUACUCAUUAGAAAAUCUGUUCCAUAAGGAAAAAGGAAGGUCUACAAAUGAAGAUGAUGCUGCAUUUGUUAAGGCUGCUUCUAAGAAUGGAGACAUGGAUGAGAUGUUCGAGCAACAGAUUACAAAUGUUAAACUGAAUACUAAACAGAAUGAGAGAGAUCGUUCGCAUGCUAUUAAGGAACACAAACGUUUAUCAAAAUGUUUGGAUGAUUGUCACUGGUGUAUUGAUUCAAAAUACAUGCUAAAACAUAUGAUCAUUGCAAUGGAUUCUGAUAUUUGUUUAAGCUUACCUCAUUACACAUCUUUGACUUCCGGACAUUGUAUAAUAACACCUACUCACCAUGUUGCUUGUCAAUUACAAUUAGAUGAAAAUAUUUCGGUGAAACUGAAGAUGUUUAAAGAAGCUUUAUAUAAAAUGUUUACGGAUCAAAAUCUCUAUCCAGUAUUCUAUGAAAUUUACAAGAGACGUCACAAAUUUUCACACAUGCAAUUGGAAUGUGUUCCACUAAAGAAAAAAGUUGGUGAAUUAGCACCAAUAUAUUUUAAGAAAGCCAUUAUGGAAUGUGAAACAGAAUGGUCAAUGAAUAAAAAGGUAAUCAAUCUUGAACAUAAGGAUGUGCGUAAAGCUAUUCCAAACGGUCUAUCAUAUUUUAUGGUAGAAUUUGAAAGAAACAAAGGAUAUGCUCAUGUUAUCGAGGAUGAGAAAAUGUUUCCUACAAAUUUUGCACAGGAAAUUAUAGGUGGAAUGUUAGAUCUAAAUCGGGAUAUAUGGCGAAAACCAAGAAAAGAAAACUUUGAUCAACAACGUGAAAAAGUGUUAAAAUUUUCAGAGAUAUGGAAAAAAUAUGAAUCUGAAAUUAAUAAAUCGUAAUUAAACACGAAUUUGUCUGUAUAAAUACAAUUUUUGUAAAUAUAUUAUUUUGUUAUAAAAAUCUUAGUACAGAUAGUUUUAUCAUUGUUUAUUUAUUUAAAAUAAAUAUAUGUAUACACAAAUGUUUAAUAUAACGUUUUAUUGUAGUGUUUAUGGCUAAUAAAAACCUGCCACUGGUA